AUGGCUUCGAAAACCGCUGUUAUAUCAUGGGGUUCUGGUGAAGAUGGGCAGUUAGGAAUAGGAAACAAUGAAGAGAAAGAAUGGGUUUGCACAGUUACAUCUCUUUUGUCAAAUGAGGUUAGCUCCGUCGUCGCCGGUAGCCGCAACUCUCUUGCAAUUUGUGAAGACGGCAAGUUGUUUACUUGGGGUUGGAAUCAAAGAGGGACGCUGGGGCACCCACCGGAAACGAAAACUGAGAAUAUUCCUAGUCAAGUGAAGGCGCUUGCUAGUGUGAAAAUUGUUCAGGCGGCGAUUGGUGGGUGGCAUUGCUUGGCUGUUGAUAAUCAAGGCCAAGCUUAUGCUUGGGGUGGAAAUGAGUAUGGACAGUGUGGUGAAGAACCUGAGCGUAAAGCUGACACGGGUAAACCUGUUAGGAGGGAUAUUGUCAUACCACAAAGAUGUGUGCCAAAAUUAUCGGUUCGGCAGGUAGCUGCUGGCGGCACACACUCAGUUGUUCUUACUCGGGAAGGACAUGUAUGGACAUGGGGUCAACCAUGGCCUCCUGGAGACAUAAAGCAGAUUUCCACCCCUGUUCGAGUACAAGGCCUUGAUAGUGUGAGGACGAUUACAGUUGGAGCUUUUCACAACUUAGCGCUCCUUGAUGAUGGAGUACUAAUGGCAUGGGGUAAUAAUGAGUACGGCCAACUUGGAACAGGUGAUACCCAGCCAAGAUCACAACCUAUUCCUGUCCAGGGACUAUCCGGACUCACUCUGGUAGAUAUUGCUGCUGGAGGAUGGCAUUCUACUGCAUUGACAGAUGAUGGGGAGGUAUAUGGUUGGGGCAGAGGGGAGCAUGGGAGACUUGGAUUUGGAGAUGAUAAGAGCAGCAAAAUGGUUCCUCAAAGGGUUCAACUUCUAGCUGGGGAAGACAUUGUGCAGGUGUCUUGUGGGGGCACUCACUCUGUUGCAUUAACAAAGGAUGGUCGCAUGUAUUCAUUUGGGCGUGGAGACCAUGGACGUUUAGGAUAUGGGCGUAAGGUUACUACUGGUCAUCCAGCAGAAGUUCCCAUGCCACCUCCCGAAGAUCUCAGUAGCAACGAAACUGAAGGACGUUGGUGUGCUAAACUUGUUGCUUGUGGUGGCCGCCAUACGCUGGCAAUAGUAGAAUGGCGGGCUCAUGAAUCCGAAGCAUUGCUGUGA